GUACUUUACACACACCAGAAGGCUAAGAAAGCCAAGACAUGGCAGGUAGAAAUAAUCUUUUGUUACCCUGUUUAUUAUGCAAACAUUCAUUUGUUGAGCUCGAAUUAACAUGUCAUUAUCCUUGCUUUAAUUUUUUCCACGUUGUUUUAACUGUUAAAGCAAAAGCUUCCCGUAGGCUUCAGAAUUAUGCACUAUUAUUUAUCUCAUUUACUAUUUUUACCCCAUUUUGCAGGAUGGCAUUCUGAACGUUAACGGAAACAAGGUAAAAACUCUCUGCGUUUCUGUAAAAGGGAUAAAAAAAUUGAAGCUGUACGAAUCGUUCUGUUGCUUAAAAAGACAAAACAGCUCAGAUACAUACUUGACAUAUUUGUUUGAGGUCUAUUUUCCUGUUGUCAAGAUUAAACUGGGUAUGAUAAUAACAAUAGCGAUGGGUCAUGUUUGUAAACAUUGUGUUUGUUUCUUAUUCAAAUAUGCCAACCACUGAAUAAAAGGUGUUUAACAUAACGUGACGUAACAUUAGGGCCAUUUAUACGAGGAAAAAUAAGAAGUGUCUUACAUAAGAUGCCUCUUAAAUAAGACGUGAACUGUGCCAUUUAUAUGAGCAUGUAUUAUGUAAGAUGAAAGCAACUCGUAUAUAAAUGGUUCGCGUCUUAGUUCUGUUCUUGACUCGUUUUUAUGUGAAUAUUGCCUGUAGCAAUGGCAAUGCAACAUGGCGUGCCAAAAAUUAAUGCAUGCGUACUAUGCGUUCAUAUCUUAUGUAAGAUGCGAAGGUCAUUUAUACGAAGUUUUUCUCGUCUUAGCUAAGACACGUGCUAUCUAUGAACAGGUGUUAAGGCUGUUCUAAAAUAAGACGCAUCUUAUUUUAGGCGAAAUGUGCUGUUUAUACGGAAAGGUCGCGUCUUAGUUAAGAUGCAUCUUAUGAAAGACGCGUCUCAUUUUUCCUUGUAUAAAUGGCCCCAAUAUUAUCCCCAAGUAGGUGGAGCAUAAUCAUCCGGGUGAGCGUGCGUAGUCCUGAAUAGGACGAUAAUGCUCCACUUACUUUUAAAAUGACUCCAGGGUUCAAACUUUCACAGUAUUAUCCCUAUUGGAUAUAAACUUUUCACUCACAAAUUUCCUUUUCAGGCAAAGCUCUGUGAUGAGGAGUCAAAGCUGCUGGAUUCAUUUUUUAUUCACAAUGACCAGGUCAGUCCUGCACUUACAAAGUAAUUUAGAUGAUCUGUAUAAAUUGUACCGGAAAAUUUGCAAUAAUUGACUUAAACGUUGCCUUUUUUUACCGCGGCAGGAUUAGCUCAGUUGGUAGAGCACUUGACUGCAGAGCGGGAGGUCACGGGUUCGAUUCCCGGGGCCGGACCAAUACUCAGGGUCUUAAAAAUAACUGAGAAAUGAAGGUACUUCCUUUGCCCUGCAGGCGGCUGGACCUUCGUGUGGCUCGGAUGACCACGUAAAAUGGUGGUCCUGUCUCCAUUAGGAGAUGUAAAAUAUAGUGUCCUAAUUAGCACUUUCGUGCUAAAUACAUUGACACUCAAAUAAAGUGCAUUUUUUUUUUAAUGGGUAACAUUUGUUAAAAUGUUAUCUUUAGAUGUGGUGUAUCCAUACCCAGAAAUAGCAGGGGGGUGGGAGGAUAGGUUUGGGGCGGCUCUGGAAAAAAUUUUACUCGGUCCAGUGGGCCUCAGCUUGAUCUACUGUCUUAUUCUACACAAAGGAGUGGGUCUGAACCCCUCCUUAAAAUCUGCCACUGAGAGGGUUGUGGAACUAUUAUUAUUAUAACCAUGUAAAUCAUGAUUUCGUUAUUGCAUAUGUUGCAUCUUUUCACAUGCAAUUUAAUUAUUGCUAAUUAUGUAAUUUCCCAGACAUGUCCCUUAUAACAAGCUACAUGUAGUUCCAGGACUCUGCCGAGAUUAUGAGAUAAAUUAUAAUUUUAUUUUUGUUGGAGUAACUAAGCAACAUGACAACUAAGAAGUAACUAAGCAACAUGUCUUUUGACAUAACAUUAAAUAGCACGCACUCUCAUGGUCUACUUUGAGGUCACAUGACAUCUAAAAAUAAAACUGCUUUUUGCCCAAAUUCUCUGAGAUUGCGAAAAUUUAUGGUAUCAGAGGGCAACAGUGCACUGUUAACUCCAAUUGUCGAUCACUUGCUGGGAUUUACUUUCAUAGAUUUUUACGCACAGAAGUUUUUCUUUCCAGGGUAUAUAAAAAAUCACUUCAUGAGUUGUCCUUCGGGAAACUAGUUAAUUUUGUUCCCCUCUUUUCUUCCUUGGGAAACAUAGAGAUUCUCGUGAACCAAAUUAAGAGUUUCCCUUAAAACCAAGCAUUAAGUUUUAAACAUUGACAUUCGUACUACCACUACCACUACCACUACUACUACCACUACCAAUGCCACUGCAAAUACCAGUAACACUAUGGCUGCCUCUGCCAUUGUAUUGCCACUGCCACUACCACUGAAACUGUCACUACCACUGUCACUACUACUGCCACUGCCAUUACCACUAUCACUGCCACUACUACUAACACUGCCACUACUACUGCCACUGCCACUACCACUACAACUGCUACUAUCAAUUGAAAUUGUCCAAGAAUACACUUAUUUAGGUACACGUUUAACUCCAACGGGAAACUUUACACUUGCACUCGAACACUUAAAAGAAAAGGCCCUUCACGCGUUUUCUAGUAUUCGGAAGCGGACAAUUCUUAACAAACUUAAUCCUAAUACUGCAUCCCAAAUUUUUGACACCAUGGUAUUCCCAAUCUUGAGUUACAACAGCGAGGUACGGGGAAUGUACACCAAGCAAGAUUUUAAAAAAUGGGAUAGCUCCCCAAUAGAAAAAAUCCACCUCAAAUUCUGUAAACGUUACUUAGAGGUUAACAAUAAGGCCUCUAACAUAGCCUGCAGAGCUGAACUUGAUAGACUGCCGCUGCUUAUCCCGAUAAAUCAGAAAAUUAUGAAAUAUUUUGUUUACCUCAACAACAAAGAUAAUGACUCUAUAGUCAAACAGUCUUUCCUUAUGUCAAAGAAUCUACAUUCUAUGAAUAAUUCCAGAUAUUUUUCCAAUUUCAUAAACAUGCUUGAACAAUACAAUCUAACCAGUUUAGAUGCUGAAUCUCUAGAUAAUGAUAAAAUUAGACGAUAUACCACAGAAAUGAGAGAGAAAUAUCUAUCUUUUUGGCGGAACAGCCUCGAAAAUUCAAAAAAACUAGAAUUUUAUAAAACUUUUAAAGAUGAAUAUUCUACAUCUGAUUAUCUCUACCAGCUAAGACAUUAUGACGAACGACAGAAUUUUGUUAAAUUUAAAAUAAGUAAUCACAAACUUAUGAUUGAACAUGGUCGAUACCAAAUAGAUCAUUUGCCAAGAGAAAAUAGAUUAUGUCCUUUAUGUAACUCAAAUCAGGUAGAAGAUGAGAUUCAUUUCUUCUUUCAAUGUAACAAAUACUCAGUACAGAGACAGGCAUUUAUUAAUCAAAUCAAUCGAAUAAUACCUGACUUUGACAAGAAAUCAUCUCCGGAAAGCAUAAAACUGAUAAUGAAUUCGAAGGAACAUCAUGUAAAUAAGUUAGUUAUGAAGUUUGUUUCCUCCUGCAUGAAAAUACGUGAUUCAUUGUUAGUAAUGUAACCGAAUUUUUCUAGAUUGUUAUUAGUGCUGUUUUGUUUUUAUUUUGAUUGUCAUAUACAUGCUUUUGCAAUACUGUAAAGUGAUGCGGUCAUGCAAAUAAAGCAAUUUAUUACUAUUACUAUUACUAUCACUGCCACUACCACUACUACUGCCACUGUCAUUGCCACUGCCACUACUACUGCCACUGUCACUACUGCUGCCACUGCCAUUACCACUACUACUGCCACUACCACUGCCACCGUCACUACUAUUACCACUGUCGCUUCCAUUACCACUGCCGCUACCACUGCUACUGCCUCUACCACUACCACUCCUACUGCCACUGUCACUACUGCUGCCACUGCCAUUAACACUACUACUGCCACUACCACUACCACCGUCUCUACUAUCACCACUGUCGCUUCCAUUACCACUGCCCCUACCACUACUACUGCCUCUACCACUACCACUUCUACGCCCGCUGCCACUACUAUUGCCACCUACUACCACUACCACUAGUCUAGUGCUACUACUGCCACUGGGGCUGCUCCUCCUGCAACUUCAGUUGCUGCUGCUGCUAUGACUAGCCUUACCACUUCUAUUAUUGCAUUCACCAAUGGUGUUGCUUGUUAAAUAUCUGUAGACAUCAAUAUAAAUUUAUUUGUAUGCAUUUCUUUAACAGGUGUCUGCUGGGGAGGAGUUAGAAAGUGAUAGGUACUUGAUAACUAUAGAGGAAAGGCUGGACUCCUCUCCUGACCACGCCCAGGGGUGCAAUUCACAGAGAGUGGAACAAAGAGAAGUUAGUAACACACCUGGGAUUUAUCAACCAAACAAAAGGAAAAGACAAGUAUGUGGCAGUUUAGAGUACACUCUGAGGGGUCUAUAUAGGUGCGAAUUAAUGUAAGAAAAAAUUUUUUUAAAUGAAAAUGGAUUUUGUAAAGUAACAGCAUAGGUAGUUUAAAGUCGGAACAUAAAUUUAGGAUAUAUUUAAUAUUAGAAUAACUUUUUAAUUUGUACCAAAAAGUCUUUGUAAAUCCUGGAUAGUAAUAUGUUUGAGCUCACAUUAAUGAUAUUGAUUUGUGUAACUCUUUGUAGUGUUUCCAACCGCCAAAAAUCAAUCAAACUACACCUACACUAUCAAGGCACCUUGGACCUGAAUACAAAAAGGUACUCUGUACUGAGAAAGUUAUAAGGUAGCACUGCAGGCUAUAUAUAUGUUUGUUUACCCAUUCACCCUUGAACUGCCCAUAAGCAUGGAGCAGUUCCAUAGCCUGCGAGCAUUCUCGCGGGAGUGAGUGGCACCCCUUGCACUUGCGUCUCCUUUCGCAUGCGGCUCUCGCGUGACUUCUCGCAUCUCCCCCAAAUGGAGAGCUUGCUUGCAGGUUAGCAGUUCCAUGUCCCUUGUACCACUUGGGUUAUCCUCAAAUGCAAAUAUUCCCCAUCAACCUGGACAUCUAGACUUGCUUAUGUAAUAGAAAAAAAAUCUUUCCAACUAUACCUGAACGAGCACGAUUCAGUGAAACGGGCUGAAGAAAAACGUAUUACAACAUGAAACGCUGACCCAAAAAUUCCAACGAAAUGUAGUUCCACUACCCAAAAGGACUUCCUUCUGUCUGAUCCUAUGAUCGUUAAAGUUUUCCAAAAGUGCCUCUAUAGAAAUGAUGACUGGUAAAUGCCCAGCAAAAAAAUAAAUUAUUUAAAAAAAGGCAAGAAAAGCGAAAGAAAACGUGAGGAGAGAAAGCGAAUGGUGCAUGAACUAAAGUCGAGGGGUCAGUGUCACUUUUAAACUGUCAAGUCAUUAGGCCAAAACUUGUUUCGUACUGGUUUUGGACCAUUUCGCAUUUUUCUUUGUUAACAUCCUACAUUAAAUUCCCUUUCAGCCACGAAGAGAAAAUGUCCUUCCAAAAAAUACAAACCUUAACACUGCAGAAUCUAGAGUUCCAAGUAAAAAUGACUUCUUCAACCUGUACAGUACUUACUCCAAUAAUCGAGAGGUGGAGGGUGAUUCUCGUCACCAUGGAAAUAAGCAGGAGAUUCCCAGCUAUAAUGGCUGUUCAGUGUUGCAGAGGUCAAACUUGCAGAAUUUGUGUGUUACAUCGCAACGGCAUGACCAAGUUGUUCCACUAAAUGUCACUGGGCCUUCUAAAGGUGGAGUACAGAAAGAGAACAAAGCCUUGACUAACUCAGUGCCUUCAAAGUCAACCAUACCAGUGCAAAAAGGAAGCUUUAAUGACAGAAGUUUCUCUGAAGGCAAACGUAAUACUACCCAGAUCCUGGCAUUAUUCUCAGCGUUUAAGAAUACCCCUCGGCUACAACCGCUAACAGAUGAAGAAAGCAAGAAUACUGAUCAAGCAAGCAUUGAGCUAACUGGAAAAUCACCAUCGCGUUUUGAGGGGAAUUUGGACAACAGCUCAUCUCCAAAGGGUGCCGUAAGAUUAGGUGUGGAGACAAAAAAAUCUUCUGAGACAGCUUGCGAACUUCAAUUGAAUGCUACAGACAGUGAUUCACCUGAACAGGACCUGGUGUCGAGUGAAGAUCUCUGCAACUCCUUUAAUUUAUCCCCAGGUUUGUUUGCAGCUUGUUCCAGUGAGAAGAAAGCUGAGGUAACAAGUGCAGUUGGUCAAAUAAGCCCUACUUGUGAUGUUGCCUUUGUAGCAACACUACCAGACGACGAUACACAAGAUUGGGAGUCCCAUUGCGAGACACAAUUGAACGAUGUUUGGUCACAUGAUUCUGAAUCAGUCUCUCCUUUGAUGAAGCACUUGACAAGUUCAGUCCAAGAUCAUGAUAAUUCUGAUUCUGAAGCUAAUGCCAAUGGUAAGGUGAAAAGAGGAUGGCUUUGCGACUUGUCAAGUAAUAACAGUCAACUGCUGAAACACUUCAAUAUUCAGAGCUCUAGUUCCCCUACUGCACACCACUCCUCUUCAGUGUUACGCCCAUCUACGGACUCGUGCUUACUUCAGAAACAUCCGCAAGGCUCUUAUGCGUCAGAAAAGACAAUUGGUGAAGCAGAUCUCAUACACGCGAGUCCUUUAACAGAGCAAAACCUACUUUCUUUCAGAUCGGAAGCUAGCACACGCUUUUCAGGAACAAAUGCAAAAGAUGUUUCACUGACAGAUUAUGAAAACAUACCUCAAACGCAAUCAAGAACUGAAAAAUUUAGUAUCGAAAUGAAUGGAUUUUCCAGUCACCCUGGAUCAGCAUUUGCGUACACUGCACUGGAAAGUGUGGAGCGAUCAGAUAACAGUUUGCGUGACAAAAGGUUUGGGAAUUUGGAGCCUUGGAAUGCAUCAUUUGGUUUAAAGGAUCUGGAAGACACUGAUAAUGGGCUAUCACCAGAGUUCUACCCACCAGACAGUGGAAAAAUAACCCAGUGGAGAGUUGCACCCAUUGUCUCAACUAAAGUGGUUCCUACUGACUCUCGAACGGUAAGCCACGUGCUGUGUGAACUAUUUUGCUUUGUAUCUGUCGGAUACUGUUCUUAGGGUCUAACACAAAACUUGGUGUUGGUAAGCCUUUUGACUCUUGAGAUGACUACCGCACAGGUUGUCGAAACGUCAGUCACUGUCAACAACGGUCCUAUUCAGGACUACGCUCACUUAGAAUAUCAUAUUGCACUUACUUAUGAAAUCCUAACAUUGCUUAAUUUUGAGAUCGCCGUGUAGAGUCCACCUAGAGAGCCAAAACGUUCAUAACAGUAACUCUAGUUCAUAAAUACAGUCAACUCCCUUUAUCGCGGACACUGUAGGGACCUUGAGUUAGUGUCCUCAUUAGCUAGAGUCCGUAGUAGCGGGAGUUUAUUUCAGUCAAACAUCUCUAAUAUAUUUUUGGAGAGGAUUUAGCUGCUGUCCGUAUUAUCGGGGUGUCGGUUAUAGCGGAAUGUCCGCAAGGCGAGAGUUGACUGUAUCACCCAGUGACCCUACUGUUUAAAGUGAGCUUUGGACUUAGUACCCCGGUGGUGAUACUGCCUUUUCAUGGGUUGUUUAGGAAAGGGGCUGUGUCAGGACCUCGGUAAUUGGCAAACGCUGUUGUGGUAUCCUCGCCAUAUCUGGUAAAAAUAAUAAACUGGCUGAGUUAAAUGAUGGAAAAUGAGGAACUGGUCACCUUAAAAUUAUUCACGGUCAUUUACAUAUACGAAAGGAAUCGGUAACGACAGGUUUCGACAAGAGCACUUUGAUUGGGAAAGUCGUGUUCAGUUGUGGUAUUUUGAUGGGUGGUCGCACAUGGUAGUUCAAAAGUAGUAAUUUAAUUAUCAGCUUUUUUAUUACUGCGCUUUUCAAUAACACGCGAACUCUGAAGUUAAAAAGCUGAAUUCCCAACUGCGUUUUUCGCUGCCGUCAAUUAUAAUUAUGGUCACAAACAACGAGCCUUCAAGCACAGCAAAACCCAACAUGGAUCAAAACCCCGUUAUAUCACAAAUCAGAAAACACGACCUCUUCAACUCGUUGAAGUAAACGUCUGUUUUCUGAGAGGUUCGCUGAGAUGAUUGACGGCAGCAAAGAAAGCAAAUCUGUAGUUAGUUUUUUAAUUUUAUAUUGAUAACCAGAGUCUGAUUGAUAACCGCAAUAAGGUAAAAUUGAUUUUCCCAUGUUCACACUGUUAUAAAACGAGAAAGAAAUUAUGAAUGGCACUGAAGUGAUUGUCAUGUAGAUGGUGCUUUUUGACUGUGUUAGGUGAAGGCAGGUGAAGGUCACUCGUGGAAAGGCUCUGUGGUUAGCGACACAGUGAAAAGAGAUUCACAUUCUGUUCCCAUGGUAACAGUUCAAAGGCAACAACUCUACACUCCCACUGCAUGUCCUCAAGGUAAGAAUAGUUGCAUAGUGUAGUCCGGUGAAGUAGUAUGAGCUUGAAGAAAGAAGAUGUUAAUCGACAUGUAGGUCACGAAGGUCGGACAAAGGAAGCAUCUUGAGUCCACGACAUUGAUCUUGGGCGCUGGAUUACCCCAGUCGGUUAGUGCGCGGCCUUCUUUGUGGGAAUUUCCGAGUUCAAUCCUCAAAUCCUUGUUUGACUUCUUUUCUUUCCGUGUAGAUUUAAGAAGCUUUGAAUACCCGUAAAACGAGCACUAACGGAGAAAGGGUGGGGGAAGUUAAAAUCUUAGCAAUACUUGAUAGUCGUGAGAUGACGUGUACAAUUUUCAUCCCCAUUUAUCACUGAGUUUAGAAUUUAUUUAAAACAAGCAAGAGCUCGUGUAAACAAAUCACAGAAAGAUAAAGUGAAAGCAAAGGCUGUGGGGAAUAACUCGCAAUUUUUUUUUUCAUACUAACAGUUCAGUCCAUACUUCAAGCUUUCCUCUGCCUGUAGACCUAACAAGAUUUCAUCCGAGCAUCAGUGACAAAAAGAAAUGAAACUUAGCAACAGUCGUAAUAUGUUUUUUUCCAGUGCAAAAAAUUUUCCAUAUUUCAUUAUUUUGCUAAGUGAACGCAGGUGAUAGUCACUUCUUUAAAGGCUCAUAAAAAGUGAUUUAAAACAUUCCUUUUUUUGAAGCAGGUCGACCAAACAUCAUUAGAACCUCUAAUUUAACCAUCUUUUUAUUUGUUAGGUGAUCAAAGAAUUCCAUCGUCUGACUUAACAACUUGGGUAGACUCAAUUUCAUCGACGGACGUGUGUGAAGAUUCGCCUUGCUUCAUGUCAGGUGUGGAGAGGGGAUUUGCUACCAGUGAAAGUCUAGCGCUGUCAUCCACCAAGGGAUUUAUAAAGAACAGUCAAUUUGCAGAUCAAAACCACCCAAGGAUUUCUGACGUUGUGCAAAGAGUUCCUCAACUGGUAAUAAUCUGCUUAUUACUCGUAAAAAAAUGUUAAUGCAUGAAAAACUCAAGGAAUGUGUGAAGUAAUGAGUGAGUGACUAAACGAACGGACGAGCAUAUGGACGCACACUCAAACGCGCACAUCCACGCACAAAAAAAUUCAACGAAUGUGUGAAGUAAUGACUGAGUCACUAAAUGAACGGACGAGCAUAUGAACGUACACUCAAACGCGCACAUCCACGCAAAAAAACUCAAGGAAUGUGUGAAGUAAUGACUGAGUGAUUAAAUGAACGGACAAGCAUAUGAACGCACACUCAAACGCGCACAUCCACGCACAAAAAACUCAAGGAAUGUGUGAAGUAAUGACUGAGUGACUAAAUGAACGGACGAGCAUAUGAACGCACACUCAAACGCGCACAUCCACGCACAAAAAACUCAAGGAAUGUUUGAAGUAAUGACUGAGUGACUAAAUGAACGGACGAGCAUAUGAACGCACACUCAAACGCGCACAUCCACGCACAAAAAACUCAAGGAAUGUGUGAAGUAAUGACUGAGUGACUAAAUGAACGGACGAGCAUAUGAACGCACACUCAAACGCGCACAUCCACGCACAAAAAACUCAAGGAAUGUUUGAAGUAAUGACUGAGUGACUAAAUGAACGGACGAGCAUAUGAACGCACACUCAAACGCGCACAUCCACGCACAAACGAAGGAAACGAACGAAAAAAUAAUAAUUUGAUUCAAAACGUUUUGGAAGAGUUUUGGUAUUGAACUUUUCAAACUUAUUCAAAUUUAGUGACGAAAUGAAAAAGAAACAGAAACGACUGAUUUAAGGAAGUUUUAAAAUUUAAUGCUGGUUUUCAUAAAUUUUUCGAACUUUAUAUUUGUAUUUCUAGAAGAAUUAUUAUUCAUUCGAGUUACAAGUGUAUCAAACUGUCAAAACAGUGUUUUAUGCAUUAUCUAGAAUCAGAUACCUCGUAAUCAGUUUCAUGUAUAAGCAACUGAGUUGCAUGUCUCCUUUCAACACUCGUCUCCUUUCAACACUUCGGUGUUUGGAUAUCAGAUAAAACACUCUUUCUAGUGUGAUCUGUUUGGAUAUCAGAUGAAACAUUCCUCGUGUUUGAUACAUCACUUCUUGGUGUUUGGAUAUUAGAUAAAACAUUCCUACUCGUGUCAGAUAUCCCGGAACAUCCUGGAUUAUUUCUUGUUCAUUCACUUGACUACGUUAUCAUACGACGGACGUAGCUUUUAUGGACGCUGCUUCGUUUCACUGUUUUGUCAGUCGAACUUCCUGUUACGGACAGCUAUCUAAUACAGACCCCUCUUCUUUUCCCAAAGACUCCAAACUUACAAUCAAUGCCUCUAUAACCCAGUUACCUCUGUUGUGCGGACACUUGACUCUACCGGUGUACUAUGGAAGUUUGGUUGUAUUCACUUUUCUUUCCAGUCCAAGCGACGAGCUCCAAUAUUCACUGCCCCGCGUGAAGAUCAUCGCAUACAACAGACAGUUCCUGAGAAUACACCAGCUCACAAGAUCCCUUCCGCCGGGAUGUACCCCACUAAACAUUACUCUGAAUUCAGCAAUGUCUUAAAAGCUUUUCCUGGAGAAUCCAAAUCACUAUCUGGUGGUACAGAGCUAGCUGUAAAGGAGAACAAGGAAAAUUCAGCCCCAGUUGGUUCGUGUCGACGGGUUGGCCUCAGGAGGGUGGGGUUGGGAAAAUCACGCGAACCUCCUAAGAAUCAGCAAGAGUUUUGUCAGGCGAGAGAAGAGAUUCGUGGAAAACAAGAUGGAUACAGGCCUCCAACGGUCCCCAGCUACAUGGCUGGCACUUUAUCCAGUAACGUAAGUAAUUUUUCCUUUUUUACUUUUACGUUUGACGGCCUUUGACUAAGUUUUGACCGCUCCAGUAUUCCUGCAUGUCAACAAAGACACCAACCCGAGGCUUGGGUAACAAAAGUCAGUGAUCUGUAUGAAAUUGUCCUUACAAGCCUCGAUCUCGGUUCAUUGUGUGUGCUCACUAGAGUGGACUGCAGGUGUAUUGAUUCUUAUACCAUAAAAUUCCGAAAAUGAGCCCCGGGGCCUAUAUUUUUCAAAGGCCCUUGUUGAGAGGCUUAUUUUUGGAGGGGCUUAUAUUCGGAGGGGCUUAUCCAUGGAUGGAAAUUUGCCUUUCAAAAUCGAUUAGGCUAGCCUUACAGUUGAAGGUACCGUUUUUUGCUUUGUUUUACUUUGUAUUUGACGGCAAUAUUCCAAGUACAAGCCCUCGGGGGCAUAGGCGUACGGGCAAUUUUCGGCCAGGGGGGGCGGUAAACCAUUUGCCCAAAAAACUCUUGCAAGUUGCCCAAAUUUUUACAAAACAGUCGAGAAGAAACAAGAGCCAUACGAUGCAACAACAUAGGCCGUACUGGCAUAAGAAAGUGCCGCAAUACAGUUUUUCAGGGUCAAUUUAUACCUGCCAAGUUUGAGCAUAAACUAUACGUUGCCAUGAACAAACAUUUGGAAAAAUUGCCACCACAGUUGUAUUAGAUAAAGAUGAAAUUUGUCAUGAUCAGGGUUGCAAUGACAUCGGAGUUGUCAUAGCAACGAAAUGACGCCAUUAGCUAUUAUACUUGCAGCAUUAUUUCUCACUGUGAAAUCGUUCUUGGGAGCUUUUUCCUCCAAUAGUCGCCUCGUUGUUCGUGACGUUAAAACGGAAUCUGUAAGAGCGUUAUCGGGAUAGUAUGGGAUAAAGUUUUUAUCGUUAGAAAUACAGUAAAACAAGGAAAAUCUUGAUGUUUAGCCGCUAUCUGUAGAAAACGGAGCGCUUUUGACAUGCAAUUUCACCUCAUAGUAGGUUCAAUCUUUUUAAAAAUGUAUGUGAGUUAUUUGUAUAGGUAAUAACAUGAUUUGUAGUGAUAUUUGGCUAAAUAUCACGAGUGAUAUUUCAAAAUUGCUACAAAGAAGGAUUUGAUUAGUAUGUAUCAUGGCGCUCUUGUUAGCGGUUUUUUAAACAUUUCGGUCUACUUUAACAAAUUAGUCAAUAAUUUGAACCACUUGAUAGAUUUUUUUAAAAACAUUAGGAUUCUUCUCGUAAUUAAAAGUGAGAAUUAGUCAGCCACUUCUUCACUUUCAAAUCAAUCGCUGAUGCUAUCUGCCAUACACUGUUCUACGAGCGAAGAUGAUCCUAGAAAGUUAGGCGGAAGUUUAUUCUAAUCAAUUCCCGAUUGGAAACAGCCCAUUGCUGCACGGUGCCCAACGAUAAAAGAAAACCCUUCCCUUAUAAACAGAAACUCAUCACGUGCUUGGCAACCACUGUCUCGUGUGAAUGUAACUUAUUAACUUACUUAUUAUUACGCCCACUUCAGGUUAAAAUAAAAAAUAUUUAUCUCUUCAAAAUACUAAUAAAAAAAACAUGAAACUUCUUUAAAAGCUGGCUAUGCCCAAAUUUUCUCUUGCUGCCCAAAAAAUCUGAGUUGCCCAAAAUUUGGGGGGGCUGCAGCCCCCCUCGCCCCCCCGGCCCGUACGCCUAUGCUCGGGGGGCAUAUAUUUUUUUGAGGGGCGAUUUAACGAAGGGUUUUUUGCGUUGCCGGUUUGGGAGGCUUAUAUUUGGAGGGGCUUAUACACGGAGGGGCUUAUUUUCGAAAUUUUACGGAUUUUUAAAGCCGCAGUGACUUCUACCUAAUAGCGAGCUUUAGCAACGAAAAGAAAUAAGCAUAGAUUAGCAAAACAACUCCACGACUACGACGUGAAAUUACCUAAUUUCAUGUUUUUUGAAGGACAGGAACACAAGAAAACGACUGUCUUUCUCCUUUCCUGAACUUCGAUACAGUCUUUUGGAAUUCAUCUCCAGGAAAAAAUUGACAGCAUUUGACGAAUCGAACGAGAUGGAAUAAGCGCAAUAAAGUUUGUAGCAGUGCGAAUCCACUUUUAAGUGACGUUUCCGUAUCCAUCGCCAUCGUUGUUGCUUAAGCUCCCUAAUGUGUCGUGGCCUACGACUCCAUGGCCCCUACCCACCUCUCCCUCAACUUCUCCUGGUGAUUCUUUGGUUGGGUGUCCUGUGGAAUACCCAAGUGUAAAUUUGGAGUGUUCUGCUCUAUUUGGCCAAAAACAAGCAAUCUUCCUCAAAAGCGCCUGUGUCUUACCUUGUUGACUCUGCAGAUUUAUAAAUUAGAAUUGAUUUUGAAUAGCUAUGGAAUGCUUAAAGCCGAGAGCUGUGCAUAUUUUUAAUAAACGUACUUACGUAAUUUCUCUGGACAAGAUAAAAGCUCUGACAUGCGAUCAUCCACUAUGAAAUCGUUCCAAAAUUUAUACGCUUAGAGAGCCGUGGAGUUUUUUCAUUCUAACAUAGACAAAUUCACUCGCUAGAAAAAAUCCCAAACAUGUGAGAUGUUUAAUCACAAAAGUAAAACAAACCCUAUUCUCUCCCUCUCUUUUACAGCGAAGUAUGGCGGGUCAAUUGUAUUUCCCAACUGCAGAAGAAUGUGACAGUAGUGUCACUCCAACCAGACAAAUCACCGUUCCGGUAACAUUUGAAGAUGUCAUGCAGUAUAAACAAGUCUUCAAGGCCGCUUUAAGAGGUGAGCUGAAUGCAGUUCACAGGAGCACGCUCCUAUUGUCAUUGAUCAAUGAAUCCUUUUUAGUUUUGGUCAAAAUAAUUGGUUUAACAGGGGGUAGAAUUUUCGCCACAAAUAGCCACGACCUUGGAAUGAAGUAAAGUUUUCAUGGGGAAUCGCUUGAGUUGGAAUUUUUCUUACUGAAGAUGGGCGGGGUAUUUUCCAACUGCGCAAAUCCAGAGGUGUAAAGUGUAAGAGGGACAAACCUGGCGAUAACGGUGCAGCGAUAGUCCUUCUUUUCGUUUGCCUCUUUAAUACAUGAGACAAUCCUAAUUAACUUUGCUCUCUAAUCUUUGUCUCUAUAACAGAGCACCUGAAUAUUGUGUUAUUUGAACUGGCUCGUUCCUACCACUCUGCCCUGCAGAAAGUUGAUGUUUCAGGAUUUGAUACUAAUCAGCAAGGUACUGUACUGCGAUUAUACCAACCUCGUUCCCAGGACUUUUCUCUGAAAGCGGCCGAAAAGCCCUGGGAACGACGAUACUGACUGCUUUUUCGUCAAGUUCAGUAAAACCAUGAAGCAUAAACUUCAAAACAUACAACUCAAUCUUCGUGACUAAUGGAUUAAAUUUCUUCAAGAACCCGUCUUCAUUGUACUCACAGCCCGCUUUACGGACACCCGCUUAAUACGGACACCUCAUUAUUACGGACAGUUUGCUUUGUCCCUGGGGAAAGAAAGCCCUUACAUUUUCUCUUAAAUUUGACCCGCUUAGUACGGACACCCCGUUAAUACGGAAACUUUCUAUGGCCCCCUCGUGGUCCAUUUUAACAGGGUUUGACUGUGCGAUAAAUAACAGACUAAACGCUUGUCAUAUCGUAGUACUAAUCAAAAAAGUUAGGAAUGAGUUAUUAAAACUCCUUUGCAUUUUAUGGUAACCAGUAAGGCAGCAACUAAAUAGCCCAUUUUCGAGUUCGCUAUGACUGCUGAAUUAAAGAAGUAAAGACGCAUUUUUUGCCUCAGUCUGAAGUAAUAUAUCAACAAAUUCCAACGAGAAAAAGACCAGGCCCUAGUUGUUCAAAAGGUGGAUAGCGCUAUCCAUUAGAUAAAUCACUAUCCAGUGGAUAGCGCAAUAGGUUUCCCUAAUAUUUAUCCAAUGGAUAGUGAUUUAUCCGAUGGAAAGCGCUAUCCAGCUUUUAAACGACUGGGGCCUGUUUAUUACUCUGUCUAUUGUGUAUAUUCAAAUUUCAAACACUUACUUGCCAGAUUUUCUGAAUAUUUUACUUUACGUCGAGGCUAACCCUGUAUGAAUGUGUCGUUAAUGUUUGUAUUCAGCGGUGAUUUUUAAUUCGAAACUGGACUAUUCCUUUAUGACCAUAAAUCGAAUGGAUUUUUAUUAUUCUGAUGAAAAAUUUUUGAAAAUUAUUAAUUUCUUGUAGGUAAUCGUCAGACUUCAGAUGGUCCCAGCUGUCACCACGGUAACAAAUUUACACUAGUAGUAUGAGUUUGACCCGGGAUACCUCUAAUAACUUUGGUGAAAUUCACAAUUCCCAAGGGCUAGACUGGGCGUUUCCCUCUCGCUCCAUUAUUACUCUCUCCGAACCAUACCUAACGGUUUUCUGUUGGUCUGCUUUCUCAGCGCAAUUUUUUUUACAAAAAUAAUAACUUUCCCCGAGAGAGGAAGAACAGAAUGAGCCUUGAGUGAAGCCAAAAGUAAUUCUUACUGGAAGUUGUAAUGUCUUAAAACGAAAAGAAAAAUCCACAAAUAAAAGAAAAGCAUGUAUUUGCGAGACACUAAGAGGGUCUCGCAAUCAUAAGGUCCAGCCAGUUGUUCGAAGAAGGGUGGAUCACGCUAUCGACUAGUUAAAUCCCUAUCCUGCGGAUCACGUAAUUAAUUUUUCUAAUUCUUAUCCGGUUGAUCGCGCUGUCCAACGUUUGAACAACGGGGUCCAGGUUGCUCAAAGCAUUUUCACAUUUUGUGGACUUCUAUCAAGAAUGUUAUGAAUGUAAGAAGUGCAUUGUCACUCGUUACGUCACUUACUGCUUGAGUCACGGGGAGUUACCCAAAUAAGGCUUACCUUUGGUUAGUUUCUAGCCCACGUUAAUCUUUGCACUAACUUUUUUUUCAUUUUUCAACUUUUUUGAAUUGACUGUCGACAGGUCAGGCUCGUUUAAGAGCAGUAAAAAAGGAUGGCCCAAACAAGGUUAGACUUUUUAAGAGCCACACAGAAUCAGAAUUUUGAAUUUUCAACAUCUAACAUUCACGAACUUGAUUUUCUAACAUCUCGCCGUAAGAUCUUGAAUCUUCAACAUCUUGCAAGAAGGAUCUUGAAUUUUUUAGCAUCUUAUCAAGUUCUCGGUUGCAAGAUGUUGAAAAUUCAAGAUCUUAUAGCUCACAUUCAGAAGCUCACCCCAGUAAACUCACAUUUUCAUUUCCGGUAGUUUGUAGUUUUAAAUACCAGUGAUAUAUAUCUUCCUAUUGAAACAUAAAAAGUGUCGCACUUAAUAAAUAUCGUGCUUUUAUUCAUUCAAUCACUCUCUGUCACAUUGAAACUCUUAGCAUGCCCACUAUAUUUGCCCUACAGGUCCUGGAUUGCAUGAUUUAACUAGUCAAAGAUGAUGACUAUUUAUUUGUACAUGUAUUAAUCAAAAACUCUUUCUUUUUUGUCAGGGACGUCUAUUCUACACCUGUUCUGCAACAGGCCAAUCACAGUGCAAGGUUAACUAAAGUUUUUUUCCGCUUUCCCUCUCCCAGUUUUACCUAUGCCAAAGAAAGUUUGCCUCUGUAAGCUUUUGUAAUAGGUUAUUUUCGUGUUCUCUCAAGCCUCUGUUUCAAAGCGAGGGGAAGUGCAAAGCCAUUGAUAUGAAAACGAUUUUUGUUCUCAUGCAAAUAUAACACAUUUUCACAAAAAAAAAUUUGUUCUCAGCCUCGUUGAGUGAGGGUUUUUUGAACUCGAAAAUGUUGAAGUUGCCGGUGAGACUGGCUCUGUGCUAUGGGACUAUUUUAGAGACUCUAUAGCGGUUUUUAUUGGCUGUUGCUAGGUUGCCGAGGAAACUGGAUCAAAAUUCGCCUCCCUUCAUAAAAUAGUCCCACAGGGCAAUUUGACACAACCCCCCACCCAGUGUCACUCGCUGCUUCAAACAGGCCAAAUAGCUUGUAUAGAACCUCGACCCUGAAAGCGCAUGACGUAAAUCUGUGUAAAUUAGUAGGAAGAUAAGUAUUCUUUACCUUAGUCUUGAAAGACAAGUUGAAUUUGUAAGAGCUGGCUGAUUCUCAUGCAGUUACCUAUCUGUUUUUCUUAACUUUUUUGGAGCCUUUUGAAGGUUUUAUACCCAGCGACAACUCUUUGUAAUUAAUAGUAAAUGUGCCUACGUUAUCAAAUGACGGCUAUUUAUCUCGGCAUGCCAAAAAGGAGCCCAGCCAAUCAGAUGGCCAGAAAGCCGUUGGAUAUUCUACGUUAUCCCAAGGGUGGUCGGUGGUCUAAACUUAAAUGGGAUAUGCGUUGUGGUAAUCGGCAACUGUUUAAUUUUUUAUCCGCGGAGUUAUUUUCAGGUGAGCUAAGGCAAGGGUGGGGCGAGCGAGAAGCGCGAGACACGCUCGACCGAGGAAGGCCUUGUCUUGCACCCCACGCCCCCUUCGUG